AUGAUAAAUGAACACGAAGCAGCAAUCGUAAGGACCACUACCGAAGUCAUAACGGCUACUUUCACAACAAUGAGCGUUGCCAAACCCACGCAUGUACAAAUACCUGCGGCUCCCUAUACUCUACUUGGCGUAGAACAAAACCCAAACGCUUUUAGCGCAAUACUUAAACUCUCUGAUCCUUCAGCCUCCUCAAACUUUACCCAAGAUAUAUCACCUCUUUCUCUAACUGUUUCUUACGAAACACCCUAUCGCGUUCGAGUAUGUAUCUCUGAUCACGAGGGAAAACGGUGGCGGGUUCCCCCGUCUGUCGUGGAGGUGGACGGACCUCACGAUAAUAAUAAGGAGUUUGGAUACAAGUUUAAAUAUAACGUGCAUGAGGACGAAACAUUCGCGGGAUUUUCUGUUAGCAGACAGAAGCCUCGUGAAGAAGUUUUCGUAAAGAAGACAAAAGUCUACGAAUCUGACAGCUGCAGUGGGAAGGCACUCUUCGACUGCAUAAAUGAGAAAUUUGUAUUCAAAGACCA